GGGAAUUGGAUUAGCGCAACUUUUUAAAAUGUCUUCGGCAACUCCUUCUGUGUCUAUUCAAGCAAACACAAACUCUGAACCAAACGGACUUGUUCCCCAAGUCAAUGGUUCCAAUAUAGUUUACGCUGUUGUCGCAAGAGGUACCAACGUAUUAGCGCAACAUUCUUCCGAAAGGGGGAACUAUGAAGCUAUUGCCGCUCGCAUUUUAGCAAAGGUACCCGAACAUAACGUGAAGAGUUUCUAUGAAAACGACAGCUUGAGUUUCAACUUUCUAAUUUCCGACGGGGUAACGUAUCUAUGUAUAGCAAGGAAGUUGUACCCACGAAGAUUGGUGUUUUCUUUCUUGGAGGAAAUUAAGAAACGCUUUCUGUCUCUGUAUGCUGAUCAAGUCAGUACUGCAGGUCCUUUACAAAUGCAGCACGACUUCCGUCCCAUUUUGCAACAGCAAAUGGAAUACUUUAGUAACGAAGCGGAAGCUGAUAAACUUGCUAAAGUGCAGCAGCAAGUAGACGAGGUCACCUCAGUUAUGAGAUCCAAUAUAGACGAGGCUCUGAAUAGAGGUGAAAGACUCGACGUUCUCGUGGAUAGAGCUGAAGACCUCCGAGGAGGAGCAAGUCAAUUUCAAAAGUCUUCAACACAACUUAAACGCAAUUUUUGUAAACGAAAUAUGAAGAUUAUCAUUUGCAUCGUAAUAGUUGUCGUUCUUAUUGCACUAGCUAUUAUCCUUGGUGUUGUGCUGACCCAACGAAAUAGCAGUAGUGGCGGAAGCGGUGGAAGCAGUAAUAACAGUGGCAAUUCAACUAGAAUUGUUUGGCAGUGACUAGUUGAAUUUCUUACUGUUGAGCAUAUUGGUAGCUUUCUGUUGUAUUGCUAAACAUACUUUGUCAUGAAAGCGAGGCGAUAAACUUUUUCUUCGAGUUUGAUACACAAUGACUGUUGGGAACCAAUCAACUUGUGAACAAAAGGCUCCAAGGUUAGUCACAUUGAAUAAUGUUCUCUUUCCUUAAUAAAGAAAGUUGGCGUGAUACUA